UAACACUUGAUGCUGAAGUAACAAAAAUAUGCAAAAAAACUUCAAGAUUUGAUGUUGUAGUUUAGACUUACGUUUAGACUUACGUUUUACAACUCGAGUUUCGUUUUUAAUUAAUCGGGACUUGAUUUACAACUCUAAGACGAUGAGCAUCCGAUCGACAGUCACGGCAGAUGGUUUGGAUUCCAGUUCAGUCAUACAAGAAGCUGGACCUUCACAGACUGGCAACGCGGCAGAAAUCAGACAAAACAUAGCAGCAGGCGACGUGCGCCCUGACCCGGGGCCUCAAAUGACCCAACAUCCACCGAGACAGUAUCAGCAUGGAGAUGCCACUAUGGACGUAAACGAUUUGGGGCCAAACUGCCGAUUGGACGAAAACCCCUUCAACAUAUCUCGAAGAGAACUCAAUGAUCAACUAGGACCCUUGAUGAUGGUAGAACAAAAGCUACCUGGUUGCCAAGUUUCACUGAUGAAUCUCAUCGUUAAUUUGGAUCGGUUCGAGAAAGAUGAUUGGACGAUUGAGAGUGCUCGCAAACUGGACAGUCACCUGCUACAUAUUCGGAAUCUGGCGGAAGACUUCAAAAUGGAUUUCUUUAACAAGGUCAACGGAGUUCAUGGCGCCAGAUUAACACACAUCGCCGACCCGUACUACUACAUUGACCUUCUUAUGCUUCUUAAAAAGGUCAUUACUUCGGUAAAAGCUUUCGUGGGUCAUUUCAAGCUCCAAAUAGACGCAAUUGAAAGAGUUCGAGGAAACGGUCAAACUGGAAGAAUAUCAGAGCGUCUCGAAGCAAGAGAGAGCGUCAAGUCUUACUUAACUGACGAUGUCGAUGGGCUGCAAAAGCUAAUUAGGAAGCUUAGAAGGCGGGAAGCACGAGCAGGUUUGGCGUUCUCCGACAGUGAAGCUGAAAACUAAAAUGCUUAGGAAUGAAAUAAAAGACUUUAUACUGUUUAAGCGAACAAGUAAAUACAAAAACAAGAGAUAUUGCAGACCAAACUUCAUGUUCCGACCCCAAUAUACACCCCCAUUCCACUAAUGUCGAGAAAAAUGGGGCCGUAAAUUUCUCUUUUUCAGAAAAAAAACACCCGAAAAUUGCUUGGAGACAAAAUUACUUUUGCAGCCUUAUCACUCGAAUAAAAAACACCGAAUGGGGAAAAGAAAUUCUUUUAAUGAAUGUUUUUGAUUACCUUGAAUUUCUUUUUGAAAUUUUUUCAAGCUUCUCAAUUUAAACUUCCAAGGUCGAAACAUUCUGCGUCAUUUGCACAUAGCGACUGACUAUCCUGGUUCUGCUUGAUACUACUUUGUAAAUGUAGUAAAUAAUACAUAUUUGUACAUGAGAAUUACUAGUCAAUAAAUAGCAGACUGGCAAUUUUAUGAUGUUGAUGAUUUACUGAAUAUUAUUGAUUGAAGCUGAUAACAUGGAGUGGCUCGUAUGACUGAUGAGGCAAUCGGUCGUCUCUGGAGUGUAUAAAAUCUCAGGUUUGAUUGUGAAAUUAAUAUUUCAGUUUAUU